AUGAACGCAUCUGACAAUGACAACACCCAGCUCCCUGAAUCUGCGUCUAUUUUAGAAGAAAUACCACAGAACAUGUCCAUAGAUAACAACCUUCGACAAGAUCGUCCACCUUCGCCCUCGUUGCCAGGUCCUUCGCCUUCAUCCUCGUUGCUGGUGCCUUCCCUUCGUCCCUCGUUGCCAGCUAUCACAAGGCAAACACGCAAAAGAAAAGAUUUAAGUCUCGAGCAUUUCUCGAUAUUGAGAGAGGAAAAAAUGAAAAUUCUUCGCGAAGAUCAACAGAUAAUACUGACGACGACCUUCUUUGGUUCAAAUCAAUAUUACCUUACAUGA